CAUGUCCAAAGCAACCACAAUUAAGGAGGCCCUGAAGCGCUGGGAGGAGCGGGAGCAGCAAAACUCCCUGAAUGCCAAAAACAUUGAUCUGCAAUUCCAGUGGCCACCCAUCGAGAAAAUGGACGCCACGUUGGGAACACUGGUGCAGUGCGAGAGAAUCAGUUUGUCAACUAACAUGAUUGAAAAGAUUUUCGGCUUAGCGGGUAUGAAGUGUCUGAAAGUAUUGUCUUUAUCAAGGAACUAUAUCAAACAGAUAUCCGGAUUGGAGGCUGUAGCCGAAACACUGGAGGAGCUUUGGCUCAGCUACAAUCUCAUAGAGAAAAUAAAAGGCUUGACAGGACUAAAAUGCCUAAAGGUGCUGUACAUCAGCAAUAAUUUGAUCAAGGACUGGUCGGAGUUUAAUCGCCUUGCCGAGAUCGAGUCCUUAGAGGAUCUAGUGGUUGUUGGGAAUCCUCUAUCCGAAGGAUUGGACGAACCGUCUUGGCGAGCGGAGUGCAUCAAGAGGCUGCCCACCAUUCGGAAACUCGACGGAGAACCGGUCGUCCUCAAUGAGGAGCCACAGCUCUAG